AUGCCUGGCCAAAAAGACAGGGCGGAAGAUGCCCAGGCCCUCAAACGAGUGGUUAUGUUCGGAGUAAUCUUCUCAACCCUAACCACCGCUUUUUUCGUAUUUUAUAUCCCAAUGGUCUACAAUCGUCUUCAACAUCUACAGUCAUCCAUGUCUGCCGAGCUGGAAUUCUGUAAGCUCCGAUCGGAAAACAUCCAUAGAGAAGUUGCCAGAACACAAGUAAAUACUCAUUUUAAUUGAUUUUGUUCCAUAUUGCUUCAUGUGUAUUAUUACUCUUAUAGGCUUUGUCAUCGGCUCAUCCUCGGCAUGCUGGAGAACAUCACCGUAACUACCGAUAUGCUGAAGAAGACAGUUAUGGAGCUAAACCCGGUUCUGCACCUGCCGCUCUAACUUCAGGCAUUACAAAAGCCGGCCCAGAAUCCAACGGGGUUUGCUGUGGCUGCGGAGUCUCACCUAAGGGACCUCGAGGACCGCCAGGCCCAGAAGGAGAGAUUGGAGAGGAUGGACCACCUGGUCCUGAGGGAAACCCCGGAGAAGAAGGUGCUCCACCCAAACCGGCUCCAAAAGUCAAUUGGUGCUUCGAUUGCGAUGAAGCCGAAAUUGGUCCACCAGGAAAACCUGGACCCAAGGGACCACCUGGAUUGGAGGGAGAGAAAGGAGAACCAGGCCGAUUUGCUGAACAGGGUCUGCCUGGUGGCGUUGGACCUCUGGGAGAACCUGGGCCAGCUGGACCACCCGGACCUCGUGGUCAACGUGGACGGCCAGGAAAACUUAAGCCAGGAGAAGUUGUUACUGGACCCCCUGGACCAGCCGGGCCCGAAGGAAGACCUGGUCCACGGGGAGAUCGCGGUCCAACCGGAGAAAAAGGACCACUUGGUCCACCUGGAUCACCCGGAAAACAAGGACAGGAAGGGGCACCUGGAAGAACUGGACCACCUGGAGAAGGAGGACCUCCAGGAUCCACCGGAAACAAAGGAGCUUGCGACCAUUGUCAACAACCUCGUUUGGCCCCUGGAUACUUUAUCUAA